GUUGGUGAGGCAGACUUAGUUGAUGCGCUCUAUGGAGAUCAUAAACGUCGCCGAAUGAUUCGGCUUGGCAGAUGGACACAUGCGCACGAGGUUCCCCAGCACGAAGACGUCAUCGCGAACUUUAGACACAUUCCCUACAGUGUUAAUAUCGACGAAGCAUUGGCUCCUCACAGUCAACUCCUCACGAAUAUUUUGGAGCAACCUGAUCCUGUGAAGAUGCGCAACGCAGUCCCAGUGCUUGGGUAUCUUGCCGACCUAUCAGAGAAAACGGGUCGCAAGCAGACUACUGUGCCAUAUUGUGGUGAUCUGUCUCUUACAGACUGUGCUCAGAUUGCGAACUGGGUCUACCAUCGCAUCCCUGGUGCAUCAAAACAAAUUGUUAAUUGGCUAAACUGUGCUACCUAUGCGCAUGCGUGCACUAUUGUAAUCGCAAAACGGAAGAAGAAUCGACUCCAGGAGAUGGCCGAACAUAUUUUGACUGAACCAAAUGCGAUACUCCAGGCGGCCUGGCUUGACCUCCAACUUAGCUAUGAUCCGUCUGCGAUGGAUGUCGAUGUUGAUCUGGAGUGCCUUGGCAUACUCGAACAGCGAAUGUUCGAACUCUCGUUGGCCGCAGGUGCUGCAGGGAAUGAACAAUGGGGAAAAGACGCUGGCACGCACCAAGACCGUUGGAAUCCAUAUGAGGGUCUCCCCGAGCACUGGAAUCAUGGUGAC